AUGAUUAAUAGGAAAACAAAUCUAUCCUAUCUAACCAAAAAUUUGUUUACUUCAGAUUAUGAUUAAGAAACCUUAUUUUAAUCUCCGUUGAAGUCGCCUGACAAAUCAAGGCAAUUUCUGAAUUAAUCUCCAAUGAAAUAUGAUAGCAUAGACAACCUAAUGGAGAGUCAGAAUAUCCUUAAAACACAAAGACCAUCUGAAUUCAAUUUAAAGAAAAUGCUCUCUAAAAUAGAUGAUUUUGAAAGUGCAUAGGAUACAUAAAAGCCUCAUAAAACCUUUCGUUUCAGAAGACAUGAAAAUUUUCAAUCUCAACCAACCUUAAAGAUAGAAGUUAAGAAUGAUCUUGAUGAUUUCUUCAAUAAUAAUGAUGAUGCACAUAUUAAAAAACAAUCAAAAAAAAAUAAAGAAAACAAAUUGUAUCAGUUAGUAACAUUUACUGAUUAUGUUGAGAACCUAUAUGGCAAAGAUUGGUUUCAAAUCCCAAUAAGGAAACCUCGUCGACAAAACACAAUUUAAGAAUUCUUUGACACUCUUGAAUGA